UUUUGGAAAGUUAGCGCACCCAUUUUGCUAUUUUGCCGGAGCGCUGUUUUCCAUACUUGUAUGACAAGGGCUUUAACCGAUGCAUAUUUUCCUCUGACAUCUGCACUGAUGCAUUUGGGGGUCAAUGUUUGACAUAUUUUUCAUGGCGACCCAUAGCUAGCGUGUGCUAGCUUGUCGGAACAGAAGCUAGAAGUUUAUCAAGGAAGAAUGUUACCUGCCGAUAGCAACGAUUUCAGGACAAGGUUUCCUUUGCACUCUUCCGUUUGGGAGAAUGACUACAGAAAUCUGGAUGCGGCAGUAACCCCGAAUAACCUAGAAGAGGUCGACCCCCGUGGACGCACGGCCUUGCAUCUAGCAGUGUCACUUGGUCAUCUGGAGUCUGUCCGAGUUCUCCUCAGACACGGAGCGGAUGUCACCAAAGAGAAUGCCAAGAAUUGGACAGUGCUGCAGGAGGCGGUCAGCACAGGCGACCCAGAGAUGGUGCAGUUGGUGUUGCAGAGACGAGACUACCACAAAGCCUCCACAGCCCUUGGAGGGGUGCCCGAGCUGCUGGCAAAGAUACGGGAGUCUCCGGAUUUUUACUUGGAGAUGAAGUGGGAGUUCACAAGUUGGAUUCCUCUGGUAUCCAGGGUGUGCCCCAGUGAUGUGUGUCGAGUGUGGAAAAGUGGAGCCAGCCUGCGGGUGGACGCCACCCUGCUCGGGUUCGAGAACAUGACCUGGAUCAGGGGCCGACGGAGUUACAUAUUUAGGGGAGAUGACAGCAGUACAGAGCUGAUGGAGAUCAACCAUGACGAUGAGGUGGUGGACACUGAGCGCUUCGACAUCGAGGUGGAAGAAGUCACGCUGGACUCCAUGCAGCCAAACCAGCAGGAGGUUGCCAAGAGGCUGACCACGCCCAUCGUCAACACCUUUUUGGAUACCAAAGACAUUGCCUUCGAGAGGUCAAAGUCUGGUAUCUGGGGAUGGAGGUCUGACAAAACGGAGGUUGUCAACGGGUUUGAGUCAAAGGUUUUUAGUGUAAAUAAUGUGAAUGUGGUGAUUCGAACGAGGACUGAACACUUAACAGAUGAGGAGAAGGCCAGAAUAAAAGGGGAGAGGAACAUUCUAGAAUCACUUCUUGGAACUGUGGAGCAGCAUGUUAGUGUUCAAGGGGACCUGACUCUGGAGUAUGCUACGGCUACCAACCCCACAGCCAUCACACCCCAGGAGUACUUCGAUCCAGACUUCGAUCUGGAAGGCAGAGACAUUGGCCGGCCAAUCGAGCUCACCAUCAGGACCCAAAAGUUCAAGGGGACGUUAUGGAUGAGCGAGGAGUACCCUCUGUCGCUGGUGGAGCAGGUGGCGCCCAUCAUCGAGCUGAUGUCCCGCACCAGCACCCACUUUGCCCGCCUACACGACUUCCUCAUACUCAGGUUCCCGCCCGGAUUCCCUGUCAAAAUAGAGAUUCCGCUCUUCCACGUGCUAAACGCCCGCAUCACCUUUGGCAACGUGAACAAGUGCAGCACGGACGAGCCCAUGUCUGCCUCGCCCACCCCGGCCGCCACCCCCAGUGCCACCCCCUUCGUCACGCCUGGUGCCACCCCCUCCACCACACCCGCUGCUACGCCCGCUGCCACUCCUGCUGCUACGCCCGCCGCUACACCCACGCCCUCGGAGGGCAGUGAGGAGAGCAAGGCCAUAGGACUGGCGCCGUUUUCGGUGUGCCCGUCGGUCUUCACUGUGCCAGCCCACUACCGUCUCCGCGGGGGCAGUCGGCACAUGCCAACCGUCCAGUCCCACAGCCACGAGGAAGAGCUGCUGCAGUACGCCAUUCACCAGAGUCUCCUGGAGAGCAGCGGAGUACCCACACCGGAGGUGUCGUGGGGUGAUGCCAAUGGAACCGUCAAUGAGGCCAUUCAGAGCAGCCAAAGUGAUGGGACGCUGUCGUCGGAGGGAGUGCACCUGGACCUGGGUGACACCAGCACGGCCAGCUCGCUGUCGGUGUCCAGCCCCGAGAACGACCUGCGCAUGGCCCUGGAGCUGUCUGCCCGCGCCAAGGAGGAGGAGGAGCGCCGGCAGAAGGAGGAAGAGGAGGAGCUGCAGAGGAUAUUGGAGCUCUCGCUCCUUGACAAGUAGUGAAGGAUGGCUGCUCUCACACACACACACACACACACACACACACACACACACACACACACACACACACACACACACACAGAGACUCUGUCUCUCUCUCGCUCUCUCACUCUUUCAAUCACUCACACUCGCAGUCACACAUACACACACAGAUGAUGGAUUGGAGCUCUCGCUCACUGAAAAGUAGUGAAAGGGGGUCACACACACACACACACACACACACACACACACACACACACACACACACACACACACACACACACACACACACACACACAAUUCUGGAGCUCUUGCUCACAAACACACCCACACAUACACAUACACACGAAAGACCAGACUGGGUGCUGGCAAAUUUGUAAAAAGAAAAAUGAAAAACAGAGAAUUUAACAUAGGAGGAGGUGGUGGAGGAGGAUAGAGUGAGGGGGAAUGGAUGGAGUGAGUUUUGUUUUGCCAUUUUAAGAUUUAUAAUUUUGUGUCUAAUUGAAGCUCUAAUAAGUAAUUCAUUCAUUCAUUGUGUUCAUUUUUUUUUGCCACAGGCUGGCAGUGAAUAUGCUCGCCGGCCUCCAGUUUAUCCUUAACGUGGGAUUGAGUCAUUUUCACGAUAGAUGUUUAUAACUAUUCCUGAUGUGGAUGUAUUUUGAGGCUCUUCUGCUGUGUGAUCCGCCAUUUUGAAAAUAUUUUUUUUGCGGGGGGAAAAAAACUAUUCCUUUUGUGAAACUGCAUAUUGCCUCCCUGUGCCUCCCUAUGUAUUUCCCUCGCCAUGAUUAUUAUUAUAAUUCUGAUUUUUUACUCCUGCGUUCUGCCCAGCACGAUCAGUCUCCCCCUGUCUUGGCUUGUUAAAAGAUGCCGGUAUGGUGGUGGGCACUGCAGGCAAGCAUGUGGCAGGAUAUGUGGGGCUCUAUUCUUCUCUUGUAUGGCUUCUGUCCAGGCACUGAAAGACUGUAAGACAUUGUUAGGUGUUUGUCUGUCUGUUUGUUUGUUUGUUUGUUUGUUUGUUUGUGACUGGUGCUGCUCAUUUCACAGUGUCCAGUGUGUGUGUGUGUGUGUGUGGAAUGCAGUAGUGUGCGUGUGUGUGUGUUGUGCAUUCAGAGACUGGGUUUUAGGGGUUGGAUAUAUUAUUGUUUCCGGAGGGCUUACGCCUUUAAAAAUUGAACAUGCCAUCUCAGGGUUCCAUGGUUUUUUUUCCAGAUAUUCGAAAUAACAGUGACGUUGACACAAGAAGGAAAUGGUGUUGAGAACAAAAGAAACCGUCAUGGUCUAUAUGAAUAUAUAUCAUUGUUGUCAUAUUUCAACAGACUUGAUACAUUUGACACAUAUGAAGAAGAAAACAAAGUAACAUUUACAUUUAAAAGUAACAGUGACAUUUUCAUCCUUUUCCCCAAAACAUUUGGAGGAAACUUUUUUUUUUUGGUCUGAUUUUAAUAUAUUCAUUUUUUUUCUCCAUGCCAUCAUCACCAAGCGUGAACAUUCACCUCAACUUCAAACACAGCAAUAAAUACCAGUGUGCCUCUCUCCAGUCACAGACGUCUGCAUAUGCUUAUACAUGAAUUAAGCAGAAGCAGCACCUGUGAGACCAUUACCAUUACUACAUAGCAGUCGUUGUGUAUAGCAGGAUUAGGGCAUGUGUGCGUGCGUGUGUGUGUGUGUGUGAGUGUGUGAGAUGCAUGUUUGGGACGUGUUGGUGUGAUGUCUCUUGUGUUUUUGGUUUCCAAAAUAUCCACCCUCGGGAAACCAUAACGGUGGAAAUGGAUGAACUGCCAAACCUUGAUCCAUUUGCGGAUGCCCCUCCCUCCCUCCCUCUUGCCCUGUUAUGGCUGUCAAUACUGAACCCUUGUCUCCCGUCUCAUCUUUUUUCCUUUUUUUUUUUUUCAAAAGUGGAAAGGUUACUUUUUUGUCUUUUGAAAAGCUUCAGUGGCGCUGUGUUGCAUAUUAUCAGAUCCAGUCUGAUGCUAAUAUCAUGGGUUGACCAAUGUCACCUCUUUUGCUUAGCAUUGCAGUAGGUAGAUGUCCUUAGGGCUGGUAAAAGAAAAUCAAUUUCUUCUUUUAGUUUUUCCAUUUUUGUCAUUUUGGAAAGCAAUGGUUUUAGGUAUUCAGAGCUGUGCUCUUAUCAAUGCCUGGUAAUGUUCUUAAGGCACAGUGAACUGCUAUUGCUUAUUUUUAAUUUGUUUGUUUGUUGUUUUCGUCAAAGAAAACUAAACAAGGACGUGAUGAUCCGGUCCAUCUGGUGGUAAACUAGAUCUGCACUGGUGUGUGCUGGGGGCAGUGCAACAACAACAACAACAACACAGACCAAAACCUCUUUUCUUCUAAAGGGAAACACUUACUUCCUCUAUUCAAACGCAAGGAUGUGAGGGCUAACUGAGUGUUGAUUAUUAUUUUGUUUGUUCUUUAGCUCAUAAAUAAUUAUCUAUAUUAAAAACAGUUUUCCUCCUCUUCUGUUUGUGCUUGGCUGAUGAACUGCUGAGGGUCUUAAUGCCAAAAUUGCCAGAAGGCAUCCUCCCGGUGAGCAGAUAUACGCAAUUGUGAUUAUUUUUUUGAAGCUGAUGCAGUAACGGCUGAUCUUGAUACAGCUUACGGACAGCAUGCUUACAGCAGGUCUUAACUUGGCAUGUUUGAAGAAUACGAGAAAGCAUUUGAUGAAAACGGUGUAUGUUGACACAAAUGUGUUUUGUUUCCCCCUCCCUCCUUUAAAUAAAAGCACUUUAUUUCCAUUGA